AUAUCUAUCUUAUUUUUUUUAUAUGAAAAUGAAAAAGUAUCUGUGUAUCUCAAAACUCAGCGCUACUCACUAAAUAAUUAUUAUUUCUCGCAGUUUAGUUUGUGAAAGAUACACAUUAAUCGCGGUGCGGUGUGACAGACGUCGUUUUUUGUUCGUCGUCGUCUUUUUCGUCCAUGCUUAAUAAUUUUUCGUUUUUUUUGUGUGUUUUUUUAUAGCCGAUUUGUAUGUUUUUGUUUUUUUAGUUUGUUUCCUAAAUGACGGUAAUCUGUUCAUAGUGAACACGCGCGCAAUCUAUCUUUAAACCAUAAAAAAAGUGUGAAAGAAAUAUCUGGAAAUUGAUUUGGUUUUUCAAGUGUUUUUAUCGAAAAGAAAUUCCAUAUCUUAACCGGGAAUAUCUUUUUGGUGAGGUUUUUUUUUUUCUUUGAUUUUUUUUUUUGCACAAAAGAGUGAUCGUGUACCUCUUCAUUUGUAUGUAUUUAAAAAAAAAGUCUUAAGUUGGUAAUAAAAAGCUUUCCUUAAAAUAAAGUCAAGAAAAGAGCUUAACAAAGAGAAGUGGAAUAUCAGCAAAAAAAAAAAAAAAAAAUUGUGAAAAGGUUAAAAUUAACCAAAAAAAAAAUUUUUUUUUUAAAUAAAAAAAAAAGUUGUUCUAUAAAAAUCAAAAGAGAAUCCAAGAAGAAUGUUUAAAAAAUCAUAAAAAUUUUUAAAAUAUAUUUCAAGAGAUCAUUCUUAAGAGAGAUUAAAAAAAAAAUUGUAUAUCCAUCAAAGUUAAGUUGUUGUUUUUGUGAUUCGAUAAGAAAAAAAAAAAAAAAAAAAAAUAAAUACACAAAAAAAAAAAGAGAAAGCAACAACAGUGAUACGAAUUCAGUAUUGAUCGCAAAAAAAAAAAAGGAUUUGGUUCCAGAAGAUAUAAAAAAACUUAAUGAAUAACCAGCAGUUUAAUCAAAAUGAACUCAACCAAAGAGAAGGAGUCAAAAUCUAACAGACAAAAGUCAACCAACAAGUCACAAAAGUACAAUAAUUCUAAAAAAACCAAAGUCAAUCCAACUGCACUGCUGGAACCCAAACCACAACGAUCCAAUUCAGUAAAAUUGAGUUCUUCUGCUAAAACAAAAAAUGCCCUCACUCCAAAUAAUAACAAUAACAACAACAACAAUGGCAAAACCAAAGAUCCUCCAUCAACAACUAAUAAAUCAGCCCAAGGAGCUCCCAUUCCUGAUACACCACCAAAAUUCGAAAGAUCCAAUAGUUUUUCCCUGACCCGUAGUUUAUCGAAACUCAUUACAUCCAUCACAGGAAGUAAGGAGAAUAUUUCCAAAACAGAUGAUGAGUCGAGUCCGUAUAAAUUUACACGAAGUCGUUCGAUGAUACUUCUUCGUCGAACAAAUCGACGAAGUGUCAUUGAACCUCAAUUGGAACAGCUUUCGGAAGAGGCUGAAAAACCACCUGAUCAAACUGAUAGUAAAAAUCUAUCACCCGAAGUUGUGCCAGAAGUUGAAUUUGAAUUCAAGAAGCCAGUGGAACCUAGUAGUCCAAUAUUCAAUCCACAAGAGAAUUUUCAAAAACGACGUUCUUCGUCGUUUAUUGCUUCUUUUCGGAAGACUUUAGCUGGAAGUUCCGAAAAGAAGAAGGCUUUAAAUCCGAAAUGGAGUGCUUCUUUACAGUCAUUGCAGGCCAUUGACAAUAUGGUUAGUUAUGAGAAUAUGAAAUUUAUCGAUUAUGACAAAUUUCAUAAUUAUGAAAAAAAUUUGGAGCGCCAACUUUCAGUGGCUCAUUUGGAAACAGAAGAAGUUGGUGUUGAUGUUCCACCAACACCAACAACACCAAUUCUUCCAACUGUUAUCCGGCGACCUAAAAAAGGUUCACCAAGUUCGAAUAUACGAUUCGAUCGGGAACAAUCAACACAAAGUGCAAUAUUUGACUCGGAUUUUGAACAUAAUUUGGAUAAACCAAAGAAUUUGUAUCGAUUUAGUUUGGAUAGUCGGAAGUUGGAGCGAUUGAAUGACUUUUCGAGGGGAUCGAUGGUUUUUGAUUUGAAAUUGGAUGCUUUGAAUUUGGAAGAUGGCAGUGUGGGGAGGAGGAAGAGACCGGUGUCGUUUUAUUUGGGAAGUGUGAAAUCGCUGCGGAAGAGUCGGAGUACGAGUGAUGUUGUGGAUGCUGGAGCUGCUAUUCAGUUGAAGUCAAAAAGCCUCACUCAUUUGGAUGGUUUGGACUCAAUGAUAGCAUGUCCGCAUGGCUCAGCAGUUGGACAACAGCAAAAAUCCCGCGUUUCUGAACAAUUGGAAACAGCAUUGCCGCAUCAAACACCAUCGAAGCCUGCUGUAGCAACAGCCUACAGUCACCCGCCAACUGGCGCUUUGCACCAUCAUCACCACCAUACCACCACUAGCGCCACCUACCAAACGCCUCCCUCACCCUCGCAUCAUUACCCUUCCCCCUCCUCAGCAGUCGCUGGGACAGCACAGGUACAUCAUCAUCAUCCAUCGAUAUCAUCAUCAUCGACAACUUCGACAACAUGCAACAAAAUGUGUUGCCUUGGAGGUGGCGCCACCGCCACAACCAUCACCAGUUCGAGUGCAUUGAGCCCGGUCGCAACUGGGGUGACCCUCGUCGCCGGUGCUAGCGCGUGCAAUGCUUCUGGCAGUGGUAUUGCUAUUUCUUCCAGUGGGGUCUCUAGCGUUGGAACUGCCCCAUCAGUGGCAACAGCAACAGGAGCUGGAGCAGCAGCAACAACGGUACACAAGAAGAAGUCAUCGUUCAUGACACGAAAAAAACCUCUUCUAACAAGGAGUGAGAUCGCAAGUUCUGAGUUCUUCUCUGUGAGUUUUUGUUUGGAAAAUGGAUGCCAAGAAGAAGAAUUUAUACCAGCUGUUAAAGGUGUAACGCUUUUGGAAGCUCUUAACAGUUCAUUAAGACGAAGGAAUCUAAGUUUUUCACAAAUUAUCAUAACUGACAAUAAUUUGCCCAGUUUUUUGGAAUCAGGAUCCCCGCCUUAUACGAGCAGUUUUGAAGAAAACACUGAUGUUGAAAAUUUAGUUGGUCGACAUUUGGUCAUCACCGAAAGAGAUGGCAAGAAGACUCUUCAAAAAGCUGCCUCAUUUGGUUCUCGUACCCGCCCACCAAGACUGUUGUCAUCAGCUUCAACUGAAGAAACCACCGAAUCAGAACAACGAAGUAUACCUGGGAAACAGUUAAAACAACGUUGGUCCGGUUUGUUUGGCAUCAAAAACCCGCACCAAAGUCAACUCUGUGAAUUAUUAAAUAGUUAUGCAAAAAAUGGCGUCCCACAAAAAUCAGCUUCGUUAAGUUUCGAUCAUCAGGAUUUUGAUGCAGCCCAAGAAUAUUUGGAUAAUAUGCACUCAUCUUGGAAGGAUUUUGUUCACUGUGAUAAUAUGUCGGAUGUACAGAUAAAAAUACAAACGGCCAUUUGGGAAUUAGUUACAACAGAAGUGUAUUACAUACAUGCACUACAAACUGUCACUGAUCUUUUUCUUGCCUGUUUAGAGGCAAUACAAGAUGAAAAACUACUUACCGACGUUGACCAAAACAAAUUGUUCUCCAAUGUCCGUGACAUUUGUGAGGCUAAUUUAAAAUUUUGGACAUUAUAUUUGUAUCCAAUGGUGGCCAGUAGUGUUGCCAGUCAUGCACCACUUUGCAUUGAUUAUUUCCGCCAAGGUUUCGUCACUUUUGCAACGAUAUUUGCACCAUACAAAAAGUAUUGUGCCGAACAAAGCACUUGUCAGUUUUAUUGUAAGGAACUGAAUCGAAAUAAUGCACUAUUUACGGCUUAUCUGGCGUGGUGUGAGUCACAAAAGAUGUGCAAUCGUUUGCGAUUGGCUGACAUUUUGGUGCGGCCUAUGCAAAGACUGACUAAAUAUAAUUUGUUAUUAACUGCGAUUCGAAGGCAUGUAUUGGAUGAAGAUGAUGCUGAUGCAAUUGAUGAAAUGAUUCAUUCUGUGGAGAAUUUCGUGUGUAGUGUGAAUAACCAUUUAACAACGAGGCAGGAAAACGAACGUUUGAAAGGUGUUAUGGCACGAAUAGAGUCAUAUGACGUUGUGGAUACCAACAAUGAGCAUUUGGAAAAGCUCAUCAAACAACAUAGUGUCAUGUUUGACUUAUGUGCUCCUAUGAAAGGUUGUCCCGCCCAUCAAGUCCGCCAUCUUUUCAUGGAAGGCGAUCAUAAAUAUAAAGACAAUUUAGGGAAAGCAGAUGUACAUUGUUUUCUAUUGACUGACAUUCUACUGGUUUGUAAGACAAUAGCAAAAAAAGGUUUGGGUGCCUUAAAAGUCAUCCGCCAGCCCUACCUCACCGAUCGCCUAGUUGUUCAGCAUAAUAACAACACUUUGAAUUGUGUCUACUUGAAUGAGUUCCAGGUGGCAACUUCGGCCUUUACACUUCAGUGUUCCGAGGCUAAAAAUUGGUACGAGUCAAUGAAACGGGCAAAACAUAUCUACGCAAGACUGAAACAAGGCAGUGCUAAUAAUUUGGACAGUUUUCGAUAUGGUGGCAGUGGUGCUAGUGGUGGCACUGCGGAUUCUUUAGGUGUUAAAAAGAGUCCAAUUAAUAGUUCGAUUUGUAGUCAUGUAUCGAGCGCCAAUAAUAGCCAUAGUGGGUCAGUUGAAUGGAAUGAUUCAAGGAAUAUAUCUGUUGAGUUUGAAAAGACAAAUUCACUUUCUAGUGAUGAAGGUACAAAUCAAGGAUUUGGUGCAAAAACUAAACUCCUAGCUACUAGUCCACAUAAACAAAAAAUAAUAACAUCAUCCAAUACGCUGUCAGUGCAACCGAUGAACCAUUUAGGACAGAGUUUGCCAAACUUAAAUCUACAUCAUAGUCAAUCUAACCUUUACCAUACUUAUAGUAACAAUACGUUGCUUGUACCUGGACCAACAAGUAGUCAUUCGGGCAAUUUAUUAUCGCCUAGUCAUCGUGGUAUAUCAUAUCCACCACCAAGUCCAACGAGAGCUACUCUUCGGCGAGGUAUGGCAUUUUCGGCGUCAAUCAAAAACCCACCACUAGUCAAAUCGCGUAACAUAACCUCACAAAAUAGCAUAAAUUGGCAUCAAAUACCAGCCACACCAACGCCUACAAGCCCCCAAUCGCAAUCACAGUCACAGAUAAAUCAAACAUCAUCAUCGUCGACAUCAGCGAUUGCAGCGCCACCUUCGACACCACUGACAGAUCAAACGCCAUUAACACCAACAUCUGGCAGUGCUGCUCAACUGACAAAUCAUACCGGAAGUGAUGUUAGUUCAUUGCAUAUUAGCAGUACGGAAACUGACGUUUGAUUUAGUCGAUCGUUACCAAAUAUUGUUGUUUGUUCGUAGUCUUCUAAUUUAUUUUUACUUAUUUUUUGUUUUAUCUAUCGUCGUUAUCUUCCUGUUUUUUCUUCUUUAAAAUAUAAAAAAAAAAUCUAUAAUGUAUGACUUUUUUCUUGACAAAUGAUAUAACGAAAGCAUUGUGGUACUUAGCUUUUUUAACAAAAAACAAAAAAAUAAUUGUAUUUUUUAAAAACAUCACAAUUAAUGAUGUGAUGGUAAUGAUAGAAAUAUUAUUUAUAAACUUAGUAUUAAAAAAAAAAAGAAUGAGGUCAUUAACUUAAGAGUAUUAGAUACAAUUUUAAAUGUACUUAUUUACUUAUUAAAUAUAAAAAAAAAAACUAUACAAAUAUAAAAUUAUAUUUUAAAUAUAAAAAACAAAAUCAAAUGUUGUGGUAUUAAAAAUAGUAAAAAAAAAAAAUAAUUUCUUAGGUGUUAACCUUAAUUGACAUGUACCUAUCUUAGUGACACUUGCGUUAAGGUUUAAACAAAUUAGCAUUUUAAAUAGAAUGUAUUGUAAAUUUUUCAAAAAAAAAAAAAAACAAACAACAAACAA